AUGGCAUCUACCAAAGAGAAUGAAUCCAGAUUGUGGCGUAAAGUGUGUAUUAUUACCGGCGCAGGUUCUGAAAUCGGAUUAGGUCGUGCUACUGCAUGGACAUUUGCAAAGAAUGGAGCAAGAGCUGUCUACAUUACGGAUUUUCGUGAUGAAUUACUUCCGCAACUUGCGAAAGAUAUAAAUGCCAAAUAUCCAAAUGUGCAAGUAAUACCUCGAAAAGUAGAUGCGGCUUCAGAAGAAUCAGUCAAGGCAAUUGUCAAAGAAUCGAUCGAUACUUUUGGGCGAUUGGAUGUAUUUUUUGCUAAUGCUGGCACUGCGUUUUUUGCGAGACUUCAAGAUAUCGAAGUCUCAAAUUUCAUGAAUGUAAUGCGGGUUAACACCCUCAGUGUGUUUUUAGCUAUAAAAUAUGCAUCCGCAGCAAUGAAAAUUGCCGAUGGAAGAUCAGACAAGGAAAGAUCUGGCGGAUCUAUUAUUGCAACUGCAUCAGUUGCUGGAUUAAGAAAUGGGGCAGGACCUAUGGAUUACUCCGCAUCAAAAGCUGCAGUUAUUAAUCUAGCCCAGACAGGUGCUUGGGAGCUAUAUGGCACGAAUAUUCGCGUUAAUGCAAUAUGCCCAGGUCUUUUUGAAACGGGUAUGACAAAGGCAUUUUUUGAUGCUGCACGUAUUCGCGGAAGUCAAGAUAAGAUUGGACGGCUGAAUCCAAUGCGCAGAGCGGGAGUUACCGAAGAGGUUGCAAAUUUAGUCGUCUUCCUUGCAAGUGACGAAAGCACAUACGUUAAUGGUCAAGCAUACGCCAUUUGCGGUGGGUUAUCAGCUUCCCUCCCUAUAACACCGGGAAAGCUUUAA